CUCGUUAAGGUUUUCCCAGUUGGUACUCGGUCGAACGCAAAACGGCUACGCCUCGGCUAUUUUCCAGUGGCAGUCGCUUUUCUCUUUCCGAGCCGGGGGAAUUGAACAAAAACGGAAGUUUGAUGGACGGGUGCUUCGCCGCCUCCCGCCGGAAACGGCCCAACGAUGGACGCCCCGCUUUCCAAACGGCCGCCGAAAUGGAAACUAGGACCGACUAGUCGGCCGAAUGGAGGGCUUGAUCCCCUCUUCCAUCCCCUCCCUUAAAGGGAGGGACAAGAGCAAAGAAUGGCAGAUGGAGAUGUUGAUGGAGAAGUUAAGAGCAAAGUCAAAUCAGUAUAGAUCUUUCUUUGAAAGUUCCAAAACUCUGAGGCUGACUAUGCUCGAAAAACGGUAUCCUAUAGACAACAUUGAACGUUCACAUCUUCAAAAAUGCCUUGACACUUUGCAACAGAACAUCAAAGUUACAACACACCAGGCAAUGAUCGAAAGGCUAGAAAGUGUCACAAGGCAGCUCGGUUUAAAAUUUGUAACUGGACCGUCUGGGCUUGAUCUUUUCAUUUCUUCAGAUAUGUUUUAUUUAGAAGUAGUUCUAGAAAUGAACGGUGGAGUUAAAGAUGUCAAAAUACAUCAUGAAGGCCAUGGCGAGCAACAAAGCUGUGAUGAAUUGGUAGCCUGCCUGACAAGAAGGGAUUUUGCAGAUUUUACAGCCCAACUUGAAGGAUUUGCGUCAAUUUAUCAAAUAAACGCUGAGAAAAAGGUAAAAUGUAAAGCUUAUGACGCUCUGACAUCAUUAGAAACCGAUCUUCUAACCCUGGCAUCCCUUCACUCUUACAUAAACGACACUUUAACAAUGAUACAUCAGUCACCAGUCGGUUAUUUGGAAAAGAGAAGGGGAGGCCAUGCGAUGAAAUUAACAUUUUUUGUUUCUCCGUACGAUUUACUGGAUCCCAUGACCCGUACUGUUAGAAAGUUACCUACAGAAGGGAAGCUCGGCUUUGGCCAGUCCGUUUCCGUCUGCAUGGAAAGCUCUUCAGCCCACAAACUUCAAACUGCACCUCUAGUCACUAUUAACCGAGAUAAUAAUUGGCCCUGUUAUGCUCCUCUCAGCCCAUCUAACAGCUUGACAGUUACAGGAUGUUUUGUAUUGACUCUCAAUAAACCGAUGCCACUAUGUCUAUCACUUAUUAACAGCAUUCAAGCUGUCACUCAGUUGGAAUGCGCAGAUGUAAGCAGAUCUCAUCCGAUAUUGAGCUUAAUCUCACAACAUAUAUCAGAAGGCAAAGCAGACUCGGCAAACGGACGAGGCCUCUUUGUGAAUGUAGGGGACCAACAUCACUGUUACUUGAUGACUGAAGGAAGGGGCUUAGAUGCCGUGUUAGUUUCAAGUAUACCUUUUACACAUCCGAACCACGUACCCCAGAUUAUAACAUAUCUAAGACAGCAGGCCUUGUUCAAUGCUGUCGUCGCUAGCUGUGUCAGACCAAAUACAAAACAAGAUUUAGAGAGCAUGAUCAUGCUUGAAGUGACCCCUCUCUCCUGGCAACACCUCAGCAUUUCCCUCGAACACCCAGUUGAAGAGAGCAUGGCAACUGUCGAGAUCGAUUUGACAAGCAUAGACAGGGUAACGUGUAAAGUUUAUACGUCUGGUGAAUCUGGCUCUACUUCAUCGGAAUAUGCAACGACAGUUUUUCAAAGAUGCCUUUCAAUACCCGUUACAAUGAGGUCUCUAAUAAAACAAUGGAAUGCCCAGAGUCAGAGAAUGACCAAUUUUUAUAAUGGGCUUGGAGGGAGCACCGGAGGUAGUGGACAAGGCGGGAAUCAGGGUGGGAAUGAUUUCACCCCGGAUGUGAAAAUUAAGCUAGAACCGGGGUUAAGCUUGGUACACCAAGGCGGUUCUUUUGAUGAUUCCCCUGGUGGCGGCUUUGACAGUUUUUCAUCUGGCCCGAUGGAAACUUCCGAGCUGUCUAUAAGCCAGACUUCGAUAUCGUUUCCUGAUCUCCAGGGAAAAAACUUCCUUGGCCUACUUGAUACUGGAAGUGGAGGGUCUGGGAUGGCAAGUAGCGAACGGAAAAAAAGGAAAAGAAGAUCAGGCGAUAUAUCUUGGAGAAGCGACAAGGACAGUUCUAGUAAUGAUUCGACUCCUCUGGGAACACCGACUUCCCGGGAGCCAGUCGAACUUCCAACACCUACUUCUAGUUCUGGGUUAGAAUUUUCAACUCUCUGUGAUCUUGAGAACUCUACAACUUGUGAUAAAGCUUCAGAUUUAGAUAUAGAAGAAGUAAUUAUUGGUAACCCUCCUGAAAUUGAAGAUGUGGAAGAGAUUUUAAAAGGUAAUAUCAAAAAGGUAAAAAAGUCAAAAGACGAAAAGAAAUCAGCCUCGGAUAUUCUUUUUGACUUGGAGAAUAAAAAUCUUGUACCCCCUUCAGUUUCCAUAACGCCAAUAUCCUCGUCAUCGAUGACAACUCAUAAUUUCAAUUCCAUACUUUCUGGAAUGGGCUUAGAAAGGAGACCGGGUAUUGAGAUCAUUCCAAUUUCUUCAGCAGCUCCGGCCCCGACACAAAGUUCUAUUACAAUAACGCCUAUCUCGUCAAAAAACGUAUCAGAGGAACGGUCAAAAGACCGUAAAAGCAGCAGAAGUAGAGAAGAUAAAGCCAGGACGGAUAGGAAAAGAAAGAGAAAAAGAGAAGACAGUCCCAUGGGCCCACCGGAAAAAGUACCCCCGAAGCCAGACCCUUUAUCUAAACCUGUUUCAGUCAGUAUUAAACCAGCGGAUUCUUCAUCUCCGAGCCCUUCUUCUCCAGCAUCGGGAAACAUUAGAAAAUAUUCUAGUAGCCCGACCAGUUCAAACCAAUUAGUACUAGUGGCAAAAUCAAGUCCCUCUAGUGCUUCCAAAUCUUCUAAACAAAGCCCAAAACAUUCUCCCGCUUAUGGUACAUCUAGUCCAAAAAACAGUUUAACUUCUAGUCCCAAGCAUGGGACUUCUUCUCCAAAACACCAGUCAUCAUCUUCGUCGGGUAAACCCAGUCUUUCGACUUUAAAAUCAGCUGUGAGCUCACCUAGCAAGGAGAAAAGCAAAAGUAAAGAGGGCAAAGACAAGGACCGGAAGGGUUUUUCCUCAGGCCAUUCCAGUCCUAAAUUAAAAUCUUCCUCUGUGAAAAUCAAACAACUCGAUUUGACGAACAUUGACGUGCCUCAGUCGUUGCAAACAGGGGGCACCACACCUCCUCAGACAGGAGAUGGGGGUAAGUCCUCCUCAGGGCAGUCAAGAAUCAAAAAAAAUUCAUUAUCCGCAGUAAUUGACAAACUCAAGUCAGCACAAUCUUGCGGAGAAGGAGAAACCAUUAAAGAAAAAAAGGAAAAAAGUGGCGGCGGCAGCAGUAGUAGUUCGAGUAAAUCUGAUGUAAAGGCAAGUACUACAGGAAAUAGUGGUAACAACAACAACAAUAGUGGGAGUGGUGGAAAACCUGGUGAAAACAAAACAGGUGAAUACAUGGUGAAACCGAGUUCUGAUGGUAUGAAAAUAACAAUAAACAAAACAAGAACUAAAGAUUCAAAGGCUAAAUCAUCAUCUUCAUCAUCGUCUUCUGGAUCAGGUUCACCAAAAACAGUCAGUUCGAAUAAACCUGGAGCUUCAAGCAGCAGCAGUAGUAGUGUUAGAAAAACUCAUACUACAAGUCAGAAGAGUAGCUCACCUGGAUUGAAAUCUUCAAGCGGAUCUUCAUCUAGUUCUUCAGCCUCCUCUACAUCUUCAACAUCAUCUUCUUCCUCCAACUCUAGUUCUAAAAGAUCAGGCUCGUUAACCAGUUUGCUAAAGACAUCUGGAAAAGGUGGCAGUUCUCCAAAGACCUCUUCGGAUCAGAGUAGAGUAAGGGAAAAGCCAAAAUCAAAGAGUUCUUCUGAGAAGUCAGUCUUCUCUUCGUCAAAAACUGAUGCUAAGAAAAUGAGCCCACUCAGAGAUGAAAAUGAUUUCAAAAAUCAAACCUUGAUUGUAGAAGGGUUCAUAAAACAGUUGGAUGCGAAAUAUCACAUACCAAAAUUAUCAGCAAGAAAUUCUAAUCAAGAUGAUAAAAAGGAAAAAACAAGCAGUGAGAAAUCUUCGGAUUCUCCAAAGGAGAGGUACCAAAGGAGUGAAGACCAAAAACCAAAAGGCACUUCCUCUAUUUCUGUAUUGAGUCCAAAAGUGUCCACUAAAGGCACAGAAGGUGCAGAGACUUCUAAUAUCUCAAUCAUCCCAGUAAAAUCGACAGAAGAUGCCGGCUCGACGGAUGACACACUCAGUAGUCUUAAAAUUGAGUUACCCAUAUCCACAAUGUCAUUUAUUGAGCAGCAGCCUCCUGAGUUGAUUAACGAGGAAGAUUACAUUUCAAGGCCUCUUUCCUCCAAUUUGCCUUGCACUGUUCAAGAAGCGGCUGAGAUGCUUUUGGACUUUUCAGCCCCCGGCAAGGGGGAUAAGCUUAUGAUGCUGAGGAAUACACCGCCGCCUCCACCAUUACCUCUUCCCCCUCUGCCACCCGCAUUUCCAGGUUCGCCAUCCGUUUCUGUUCACAUUGUAAAAUCGCCAGCUCCUGUUGGCAGAGAUCUCCCAAACAUGGUCAUACCAUCUCCACAUUCGCCUUCCUCUUGUAUCACUGAUGACGAACUUAUGGACGAAGCAGUCGUCGGGAUGGGAAAGUGAAACUAUAAUAAGAACAUGUUUGUGUUAGCUUCUUUUAAAUACUUACAUGUUUGCUUUAAUGUACGGAAAGAUAGAUAAAUCAAUUUUU